CUAGGUUUUUCUCUGUGAAUCCGCUCGCCGGCAUAAAAGAGAGUAAGAAGAGGAAGAAGACAGUUGCAAGGAUUGAAAAUGAAGGGUCGUCAAGGAGAGAGAGUUAGAUUGUAUGUUCGUGGAACCGUCCUCGGUUACAAGAGGUCCAAGUCGAACCAAUAUCCCAACACUUCUCUCAUCCAGAUUGAAGGUGUGAACACUCAAGAGGAGGUUAAUUGGUACAAGGGUAAGCGUUUGGCUUACAUCUACAAAGCAAAGACAAAGAAGAACGGUUCUCACUACCGUUGCAUUUGGGGCAAAGUCACUAGGCCUCAUGGUAACAGCGGUGUUGUCCGUUCUAAGUUCACUUCAAACCUACCACCCAAGUCAAUGGGAGCUAGAGUCAGAGUCUUCAUGUACCCAAGCAACAUAUGAGGAGGGCUAGUUUCAAGAACUAUCGGAAGGAAUCACCAUUAUCAUUUCUCUGGAGCUGUAGUUUAUCUAUUCACUGUUGUUCUAGACUCUCUGUUGGUUUUGAUUUUAUCUUUAGACGAAGUAAAACAUUUUUUUUCUU